AACAACACCACAACCACCUACAACAACAUCUCCUACAACACCACCACCUACAACAACAAUACCACAUUCAACAACAAAUACAACAACACCAACAGCAACAACACUUUCAUCAACUACACCUACACCAACAACAACACCUUCAACAACAAAUACAACAACACCACAACCACCUACAACAACAUCUCCUACAACACCACCACCUACAACAACAAUACCACCUUCAACAACAAAUACAACAACACCUACAGCAACAACGCUUUCAUCAACAACACCUACACCAACAACAACACCUUCAACAACAAAUACAACAACACCACAACCACCUACAACAACAUAUCCUACAACACCAUCACCUACAACAACAAUACCACCUUCAACAACAAAUACAACAACAAAUACAACAACACCUACACCAACAACAACAACACCUUCAAUAACAACUAUAACAGCACCACAACCACCUACAACAACAUCUCCUACAACACCAUCACCUACAACAACAAUACCAACUUCAACAACAAAUACAACAACACCUACAACAACAACACUUUCAUUAACAACACCUACACCAACAACAACACCUUCAAUAACAACUACAACAACACCACAACCACCUACAACAACAUCUCCUACAACAGCAUCACUGACAACAACAAUACCACCUUCAACAACAAAUACAACAACACCUACAGCAACAACACUUUCAUUAACAACACCUACACCAACAACACCUUCAACAACAAAUACAACAACACCACAACCACCUACAACAACAUCUCCUACAACAGCAUCACUGACAACAACAAUACCACCUUCAACAACAAAUACAACAACACCUACAGCAACAACACUUUCACUAUCAACACCACCUUCAACAACAAAUACAACAACACCUACAACAACACCUACACCAACAACAACAACACCUUCAAUAACAAAUAUAACAACACCACAACCACCUACAACAACAUCUCCAACAACACCAUCACCUACAACAACAAUACCACCUUCAACAACAAAUACAACAACACCUACAUCAACAACACUUUCAUCAACAACACCUACACCAACAACAACACCUUCAAUAACAAAUAUAACAACACCACAACCACCUACAACAUCUCCUACAACACCAUCACCUACAACAACAAUACCACCUUCAACAACAAAUACAACAACACCUACAGCAACAAUAAUACCGCUUCCAACAACACCACCACCUACAACAACAAUAAAUAUAACAACACCACCUGCAACAACACCACCUACAACAACAACACCUACAACAACACCACCACCUACAACAACACCACCACCUACAACAACAACACCUACAACACCACCACCUACAACAACACCACCACCUACAACAACACCACCACCUACAACAACACCACCUACAACAACACCACCUACAACAACACCACCACCUACAACAACACCACCUACAACAACACCACCUACAACAACACCACCACCUACAACAACACCACCUACAUCAACACCACCUACAACAACAACAAUAACACCUACACCAUCAACACCACCUUCAACAACACGACCAUCUUCAACAACAUCACCACCUACAUCAACACCACCACCUUCCACAACACCACCACCACCUACAUCAACACAACCUACAACAAUAUCACCUCCAGCAACGUCACCAUUCCCAUCAACACCCCAACCCCAAAUCACAUCACUCCAAACAUCUCCAUCAUCGCCUCCAACAACGUCACCAUUCCCAUCAACACCCCAACCACAAAUCACAUCACCACAAACAUCUCCAUCAUCGCCUCCAUCAACGUCACCAUUCCCAUCAACACCCCAACCCCAAAUCACAUCACUCCAAACAUCUCCAUCAUCGCCUCCAACAAUGUCACGUUUCCCAUCAACACCCCAACCCCAAAUCACAUCACUCCAAACAUCUCCAUCAUCGCCUCCAACAACGUCACCAUUCCCAUCAACACCCCAACCCCAAAUCACAUCACCACAAACAUCUCCAUCAUCGCCUCCAUCAACGUCACGUUUCCCAUCAACACCCCAACCCCAAAUCACAUCACUCCAAACAUCUCCACCAUCGCCUCCAACAACGUCACCAUUCCCAUCAACACCCCAACCCCAAAUCACAUCACUCCAAACAUCUCCAUCAUCGCCUCCAACAACGUCACGUUUCUCAUCAACACCCCAACCCCAAAUCACAUCAACACAAACAUAUCCAUCAUCACCCACAACAACAACUCCCUUCCCAUCAACACCCCAACCCCAAAUCACAUCAACACAAACAUCUCCAUCAUCACCUACAACAACGACUCCCUUCCCAUCAACACCCCAACCCCAAAUCACAUCAACACAAACAUCUCCAUCAUCACCUACAACAACGACUCCCUUCCCAUCAACAUCCAAACCCCAAAUCACAUCACCCCAAACAUCUCCAUCAUCACCUCCAUCAACGUCACCCUUCCCAUCAACACCCCAACCCCAAAUCACAUCACCCCAAACAUCUACAGCAUCACCUCCAACAACGACUCCCUUCCCAUCAACACCCCAACCCCAAAUCACAUCACCACAAACAUCUCCAUCAUCACCUACAACAACGACUCCCUUCCCAUCAACACCCCAACCCCAAAUCACAUCACCCCAAACAUCUCCAUCAUCGCCUCCAACAACGACUCCCUUCCCAUCAACACCCCAACCCCAAAUCACAUCACCACAAACAUCUCCAUCAUCGCCUCCAACAACGACUCCCUUCCCAUCAACACCCCAACCACAAAUCACAUCACCACAAACAUCUCCAUCAUCGCCUCCAACAACAACUCCCUUCCCAUCAACACCCCAACCCCAAAUCACAUCAACACAAACAUCUCCAUCAUCACCUACAACAACGACUCCCUCCCCAUCAACACCCCAACCCCAAAUCACAUCAACACAAACAUCUCCAUCAUCACCUACAACAACGACUCCCUUCCCAUCAACAUCCAAACCCAAAUCACAUCAACACAAACAUCUCCAUCAUCACCUCCAUCAACGUCACCCUUCCCAUCAACACCCCAACCCCAAAUCACAUCACCCCAAACAUCUCCAUCAUCACCUCCAACAACGACUCCCUUCCCAUCAACACCCCAACCCCAAAUCACAUCACCCCAAACAUCUACAUCAUCGCCUCCAACAACGACUCCCUUCCCAUCAACACCCCAACCCCAAAUCACAUCACCCCAAACAUCUACAUCAUCACCUCCAUCAACAACUCCCGUCCCAUCAACACCCCAACCCCAAAUCACAUCAACACAAACAUCUACAUCAUCACCUACAACAACGACUCCCUUCCCACCAACACCUCAACCCCAAAUCUCAUCAACACAAACAUCUCCAUCAUCGCCUCCAACAACGACUCCCUUCCCAUCAACACCCCAACCCCAAAUCUCAUCAACACAAACAUCUCCAUCAUCACCUCCAACAACGACUCCCUUCCCAUCAACACCCCAACCCCAAAUCACAUCAACACAAACAUCUCCAUCAUCACCUCCAACAACGACUCCCUUCCCAUCAACACCCCAACCCCAAAUCACAUCACCCCAAACAUCUCCAUCAUCACCUCCAACAACGACUCCCUCCCCAUCAACACCCCAACCACAAAUCACAUCAACACAAACAUCUCCAUCAUCACCUCCAACAACGACUCCCUCCCCAUCAACACCCCAACCCCAAAUCACAUCAACACAAACACCUACAUCAUCACCUCCAACGACGACUCCCUUCCCAUCAACACCCCAACCCCAAAUCACAUCAACACAAACAUCUCCAUCAUCACCUCCAACAACGACUCCCUUCCCAUCAACACCCCAACCCCAAAUCACAUCAACACAAACAUCUCCAUCAUCACCUCCAACGACGUCACCCUCACCACCAACACCCCAACCCCAAACUGCUUCAGCGAGAACGUCACCAUCAUACCCCGUGUGGAACACAACCCAGACACCGACAGCUCCGCUCCCACCAACAUUCGCUGCGACCACGACAGCGGUUGCCCGCACGACCAGAGCCGCCACCGUCACCGGAGCAUCAACAACAACAGCGGCAGCAACAACAACAACAACAGUGGCAGCAACAACAACAACAACAGCUCUAUCGACAACAGCAUCUGGACCACCCGCAACAGCUGGGCAGACAGCAACAGCUUCGACGCAAGCCAGGAAGUUCUACUUCCAAAUGCGGUUCGAGGCCGAUGGAAAUGUCUCCCUGUCGGACGCCGAGAUGCAGAUCACGAACCUGAUGAGGACGCUUCAACGCUCCCUGAACGUCACUUUCCCCGGAGCGCUGCUCACGCGCGUCAACGUCACCAUCGUCUUGUGAAGGAGGCGUGCCCUCGUGCUAGAGAAGAGAUGGAGUGAUGUGGUACAGGAGGACGUGGAGCUGAGUGGACUUGCCGAUGACUGGUACCAGCGGUGUCAAGAUCGGCCUCAGUGGAGGAGGCUCGUGAAGGACGCUACUGGGCAGUUGGAGGCAGUCGCCCUCCAACAACAACGGAGAACAGAGAAGCGACGCUCACAACAACGAGCGGAGCGCCGGGUGGCUAAAGCACAGCAAGUUGGCACAGUAGGGGGCACAGGUGGUGCAUCAGCCAGUCGUCUCGGUCAUCUCGGUCAGUCGACCCGUGGCACCUGCUGGGUCUGCCCCGUGACCUCCUGCCAGCGGGCGUUCGACACUUCACGUGGCCUCAAGGUGCACAUGGCCUGGCACAAGCGUCGUGGUGACGUCACCGCCACUUAGUGGCGAAUGGCGGCGGUUGUUGUUGUGUGCCUGUGCGUGUGCGUUGAACUUCUUUCGCACCGUACGUAGCCAACCGUGGAUAAUCGGAGGCGCGCGUAUAGUGUAGUGUAUAGUGAAGUGUAUAGUGUAGUGUAUAGUGAAGUGUAUAGUGUAGUGUAUAGUGUGGUGUAUAGUGUGGUGAAUAGUGUAGUGUAUAGUGUAGUGUAUCGUAGUGUAUAGUGUAGAGUGUAGUGUAUAGUGUAGUGUAUAGUGUAUGGUGCAGUGUAUAGUAGUGUAGUGUAUAGUGCAGUGUAUAGUAGUGUAGUAUAUAGUGUAAUGUAUAGUGUAGUGUAGUGUAUAGUGUAGUGUAUAAUAGUGUAUAGUGCAGUGUAUAGUAGUGUAGUGUAUAGUGUAGUGUAUAUAGUGUAGUGUAUAGUGUAGUGUAUAGUGUAGUGUAUAAUAGUGUAUAGUGCAGUGUAUAGUAGUGCAGUGUAUAGUGUAGUGUAUAGUAGUGUAUAAUAGUGUAUAGUGUAGUGUAUAGUAGUGUAGUGUAUAGUGUAGUGUAUAGUAGUGUAGUGUAUAGUGUAGUGUAUAGUGUAUUGUAGUGUGUAAUUUUUACCUUCUAAAGAAAUAAGUCUGCCAGCUCUGAUGACAUGAAAGUGAAUCAUGGCUACAAAGAGGCUACCUAAUGUGGGUAGAUCGCUGUGAAUAUUAUCGCAGGUCAGCAACUUUCGGUGAACCCAAUGUAACGCUUUAUCAAAAACAAAUCGAUUUUCAGCAUGUGAAUUCUAUCUUGAUUUGAAUCUUUCGUGACUGCAGGGAUCCAUACUCUUUGGUUCUUUGGGUAAAGUCACGUGGGUAGGAAAUAAAAUUAAUUACGACGUUUCGGGCGCAGACCACCUGAUGAUGGAUGCUGGUGUUGCACCCGAAACGUCGUGAUUUAAUUCACUUUAGACCCACGUGACUUUACCGAAAGAACCAAAGAGUACAUAUGAAUUAUAUUUAUGUAAUAUAUAUAUCUCGAGGUGUACGUUUUACAUUACUUAUAAGUUAAAAUAAAAUAAACAAAAAAUAAUGACCGGGCGCAGAUUUGUUGAAGAUUGUU